GGAAAUAUCGGUUGCUUCCAACGUUUUGGUUGUAUUAGCCUACUGAAACGCUAAUUUAAAAACAUUAAAAGAAAAACUUGGCUGUCAGCAUGGCGUUUGCCAAUAUUUCGAGGCGAUUCCUUGUUCCGGGGGUGUCCCACUUGAGGCUGCGGACUCAAUUUGUUCCAGCAGGCUCGACAGCGCUAAGUGGGCAUGAAAGUCGCCGCGGAGCUGCAAAAUGGUAUCCAGACCCUGAGUUCAUGAAGCAGUUUAGCGGCCCAGUGAUGUAUCCAGAUGAGGUGACAUCGCUCUGGAAAGUGCCCCCAUGGAACAGCAAGGUGACGCCUGUCGAGAAGUCUGUGCGUAACUUAACUCUAAACUUCGGCCCCCAACAUCCCGCGGCCCAUGGAGUCUUGCGUCUAGUGCUGGAGCUGGAUGGAGAGACUGUGAUGCGUGCCGAUCCGCACAUCGGACUGCUGCACCGCGGCACUGAGAAGCUCAUCGAGUACAAAACGUACACCCAAGCAUUGCCCUAUUUCGACCGGCUAGAUUACGUAUCCAUGAUGUGCAACGAACAGUGCUAUUCUCUGGCUGUGGAAAAGCUUCUCAACAUCGAGGUGCCCCUCCGAGCGAAGUAUAUUCGAACUCUGUUUGCCGAGAUCACUCGAAUUCUAAACCAUAUAAUGGCUGUCGGAACACACGCCUUGGACGUUGGUGCUCUAACGCCUUUUUUUUGGUUGUUCGAGGAGCGGGAGAAAAUGAUGGAAUUCUAUGAGCGAGUUUCUGGUGCCCGAAUGCAUGCUGCCUACAUCCGUCCUGGUGGCGUGUCUUUGGACCUGCCUCUUGGCCUAAUGGACGAUAUCUAUGAGUUUGCAUCAAAGUUUGCCGAGCGUUUAGACGAAGUGGAGGAUGUAUUGACCACGAACCGAAUCUGGGUGCAGCGAACCGAGGACAUUGGUAUUGUAACGGCAGAGGAAGCUCUGAACUACGGUUUUAGCGGCGUCAUGUUGCGGGGCUCCGGUAUAAAGUGGGAUCUCCGCAAACAACAGCCGUACGAUGCGUACCAUCUGGUAGACUUCGAUGUGCCCAUCGGCACCAAGGGCGACUGUUAUGACCGAUAUCUUUGCCGCGUAGAGGAGAUGCGCCAGUCGCUGCGAAUAAUUGAUCAGUGCCUAAAUCAAAUGCCUGCUGGAGAAAUCAAAACGGACGAUGCUAAGGUAGCACCCCCCUCUCGAUCCGAAAUGAAGACGUCUAUGGAGGCUCUUAUCCACCACUUCAAGUUAUUUACCCAAGGCUAUCAAGUUCCUCCCGGAGCAACGUACACAGCAAUUGAAGCUCCAAAGGGCGAAUUUGGUGUUUACCUUAUAUCAGAUGGAUCGAGCCGUCCAUAUCGCUGUAAAAUCAAAGCCCCGGGAUUCGCCCACUUGGCAGCUUUAGAGAAGAUUGGAAAGCAGCACAUGCUUGCCGACGUCGUUGCCAUUAUUGGUACUUUGGAUGUAGUAUUUGGGGAGAUAGAUCGAUAAUUUUUUUUCUUAAGGAUGUGCCCUAAUAGAAAUGCUAAUAAAUAUUAAAAUCAUUGAUA